AUUUACAAUUUUUUUAAAGAAAAAAGUGAUCAGGUUAAAGAUAAACACAAACAAAAUUCAAAUCCUUUUCAAGUUAAAAAACAAAUCAGUUUUGUAAUCUCGCAUAAAGAUCCUAUAAGAACUAACACAAAGCGCCCAUCGAUUUCCGUCUGUUUGCCAACUAGGAAAAGGGAGGAAAAAUUGUCAUCGCAUUGUUCCCAUAGCAUCAUCGCAGCAUCUACAAGACAACCUCCAUCGAUUUCUUCUAUAUUCAUGAUUCCUCACAUACCCAUCUACCUUGCGUACUUUCCCUCUCUGUUUCUGUCCUUUUGAAUUGAAAAUGGACGUUUAGCUUGCUACCUUCUUCCACUUCUCAUCAUCUUCUCCGUCACCUUUUCUCGAAAUAAACUCUCCCUAUUUAUUUUGAUUUUAUUUUCUGUUCUUCGUUAUCAUCGUUUGCGCGCUUAUAUAGUAAGAAUGGCCAGUGCUGUGUUUCACCAAGCAAUAGGGACUCUUCUUUCCCAUCAACAUCUUCACAACUCUGGAUUUCAUCAAGAGUUUGGGAAUGUCUCGGUGAAGUCGAUUUCAAAAGGUUUUAAGGUUGAUGCCGUAUUGUCAAUCUCAAGAAAGGGAGGUUAUAGCGCUGGUAAAAGGAAUUUUAGUGUUGUUCAAGCCUCUGCUUCUCAAACUUCAGUGGUUGAUCCAGUUUCAACCUCAUCAAAUGACAGCACCAAUGGAAUUCAAAAGAAAUCAAGUGAGGCAGCUCUGAUACUCAUCAGGCAUGGUGAGUCGUUAUGGAAUGAAAAGAACCUGUUCACUGGUUGUGUCGAUGUGCCAUUAACAAAGAAAGGCGUUGAAGAGGCAAUUGAAGCUGGUAAGAGAAUCAGCAACAUACCUGUCGACAUGAUAUAUACAUCAUCCUUGAUUCGUGCACAGAUGACUGCCAUGCUUGCCAUGACUCAGCACCGUCGUAGAAAGGUGCCAAUCAUUAUGCACAAUGAGAGUGAACAGGCAAGGGCAUGGAGUCAAAUUUUUAGUGAAGACACAAUGAGGCAAUCCAUUCCAGUUAUAACAGCUUGGCAAUUAAACGAAAGAAUGUAUGGAGAAUUACAGGGUCUGAAUAAGCAAGAAACAGCAGAUAGAUUUGGCAAGGAAAAAGUUCAUGAGUGGCGGCGAAGUUAUGACAUACCUCCACCAAAUGGGGAGAGUUUAGAAAUGUGUGCUGAAAGAGCUGUUGCUUACUUUAAAGAUCAGAUUGAACACCAGCUUUGUUCUGGGAAGCAUGUAAUGAUUGCUGCCCAUGGGAAUUCAUUGAGGUCCAUAAUUAUGUAUCUUGACAAGUUAACUUCCCAGGAGGUGAUAAGUUUAGAACUAUCAACUGGAAUACCUAUGCUUUACAUAUUUAAAGAGGGGAAGUUCAUUAGAAGGGGAAGCCCUGCAGGACCAACUGAGGCUGGGGUCUAUGCAUAUACUAGGCGAUUAGCACAGUACAGGCAGAAGUUAGAUGAGAUGCGGCAUUAACAUGUCCUAGAAUCGGGGGCUACCUCCCAUCACAUGAAAAUCUUUAUAGUUGUUCUAAAUCUGAAGAUAGACAAUGGAGGGAAGAUAGUUCAUAAAUCUACGGCGAUUGCUGUCAACCAGCAGAAGCCAAAUGCUACAGCAUUCGUCAACCAAGUCUGCAUAUUUGGAGUCCUUGCUCAUGUUCCCUUCAGGAUAUAUUUAUGCGCCUGGAAGUUCCUUGAUGUUUGUAAUAGAUGGACUGAAAUAAAUAAAGAGCAUCUUUUCUAUAAGAUGUAGACCAUUUUAACCAUUACAUAUUUGAUGAAGAGUUGCUUUUUCUCA